AUGGCGAACGCCAGCGGACCCGCCAGCGACCCGCCAGCGAAUUCGCCAGCGGCCCGCAAGCGCGUUUGUGCCUGCGCCAUCGUCUGCAGCCAGCGCCACCCGCACCCCGCAUCCCGCCCGUCGCCCUGCUUCCCGUCUUCCCAACCGCUCCUUAGCCCGCCGUCACUCUGCCCGUCGCAUUACCCCCGCCCCCUGCCCGUCACCCCCCCACGUCGCGGCUGUUCGCAUGUGCAGUGGCGGUCGUUGUGGGGGGCAGAGGGAAGAAGGGAUGGGAGUGGCGGUGGAACGCUGUUGGGGGGAGAGGGAAGAGGAGAUGGGAGUGGCGGGAGUUCAAGUCCAGCAUCAGCCGCCUCCUCCUCCUCUCAUCCCCUGCCCCGUACCUCCCGUAUCGCCUGUACUUCCCCUUUUUGCCACGUGCUACCCGUUGCUCCCGUUCUGCCCCGUGUUAUCCGUUGCUUCCGUUUUGCCCCGUGCUACCCGUUGCUCGCACUCUUGCCCCACCCUUUUCACCCGUGCUUUCUGUACCUGAUCGUGCCCCACCUGUUUCACCCAUAUUGUCCGUACCCGGUCGUGCCCCACCCAUUGGACCCGUGCUGUCUGUUCUCGUGCCGUGCUGCCUCAUUCUGCCCAUGCUGCCCCGUUCUGCCCGUGUUGCCCCGUUCAGCCCGUGUCUGCCCCGUUCUACCCUUGUCAUGCCCCGUUCAGCCCCCCCAUUCUGCCCGUGUUGCCCCGUUCUGCCCGUGCUGCCCCGUUCUGCCCGUUCGUGCCCCACCCGUGCUGUCCGUACCCGUUCGUGCCCCACCCGUGCUGUCAGUUCUGUGCCCCACCCGGUUUGUGCUGCCCGGUCUUGAGCUGCCCGUCACCCCCGCGCGGCCCGUCCCGUACAGUGCCUAG